AUGGGGACGCCCGCGGUCGACGCCACCGCGCUCCUCGCCGCGGCCGCGCGCGGCAACGUCGCCAGCGUGCGCCUCGUCCUCGACGCCGGCGCGAGCGAGGGGCUGACCGUGCGCUCGCGGAACGCGCGCGGGGACACCGCGCUGCACGAGGCGACGCGACGAUCGCAUUGGCCGCUCGUGACCUGGCUCAUCGCACACGGCGCGGACGCGGAGGCGACAAACGCGGACGGCGCGACGCCGCUGGACGUGUGCGAGGACGACGAGGUGGCGAGGGAGACGUACGCGGCGAUCAUGCGCGGGUCGCCGCUGACGAGAGGCGCGGGCGAGCGCGCGGCCGCGCAGGCGGAGUCCGAGGCGUCGUUUCGAAGACUGGCGGCGGAGCGACCGGGACCGGGACCGGGACCGGGAACCGAGACCGCGCGCGGCGGCGAGCCGACGCCGAAGGAGCUCGCGAACGGCGCGACGACGACGACGCCGAUGGGCGGCGCGUCGCCGUCGAUGGUCGAGGAGACGGUUCGAAGGGCGAGGGAGUUUCGCGCGCGCGCGAAUUUCGCGCGUGGUCAUCAUCAAUUCUCGACGACGUCGUCGGCGGCGGCGACGCCGGCCGCGGGAGGGCUUGCGACGACGUCGCGCGAGUCCGCGCUCGAGCGCGAGCUCUUCGAGACGAGAGCGCUCCUGGAAAACUACUCGAACGAGCUCGAGAACGCGCGGAACGUCGAGUCCGCGCUGCACGAGCGCGUCCUCGAAGAGGGCCUCCAGAUGGACCGCCCGGGAGGAUUUGGAUUUCAUAGCGCUCGCGCGCCUCGCGUCCCCGGGGCGGAUUACAGCCAGACCGCCGCGGUCGCGGCGUCGCUCAGAGAACAGCUCGCGGCCGCGAACGAGGCGCUCGAGAAGCUCAAGGCGGAGACGUUCGGGGGCGAGGGCGGGACGGCCGCGAAGUUUGGCGAAUUUGGCGACGAGGACGUCGUGGAGAUUCCGAAAAAACUUCUGAGAGAGACGGAGGACGUGAUCCUCCGGAAGACGAAGGAGGUGGAGGACGCGCGGCGGGAGAUUCGGGAGAUGGAGCGAAGAGCCGCGCGAUCUGGGCGCGCGCUCCGAAGGCUCGCGAGCGUCCUCAUCGAGGGCGAGGACGCGAUGGACGACGACGCGGACGACUACCGUCGCGUCGGCGGCGGGAAAAAAGACGGCGACGACGACGACGACGACGGCGGCGACGGCGACGACGACGACGACGCGUCCUCGGUGGUGAACGAAAAGUACGCGGACUACCUCGAGAGCCUCGGCGCGAAGAGCGUCCUGUUCACCCCGGAGAAAUCCCCGCGAGCGGGAGUCUCGGGAGCGGGACGGCGCUUCAAGACGGACGGACGCCCGAGGACCACGCGGUCGCGCCCCGCGAUGGUCGCGUCCCGCCGCCCGCGCGCGCCCAUCGCCGACGUCCCCGGCCUGCGCCUCGUCCUCGGCGCGCUCGCGGAGCGCGCGGAGCGAGACGACGCCCCGGAGUCGCACCCGUGGAGCACCGCGGCGGCGGCGGCGCACAUGGACGGCGACGCGCUCGUGGACGCGGUCGCGAAGUGCGAGAAGCUGCGGCGGAGGGCGGAGGUCGCGGAGCGGGACGCGCGGACCGCGACGGAGAGCGUCGACGCGUUGAAAAAGUCGCUCGACGACGCGCGCGGCGAGCUCGCGACCGCGACCGCGGACUUCGCGCGCGAUACGGCGCGCCUGGAGGAGAAGCUGAAGAAGUCGAUGGACGACGCGAAACGCGAUAAGGAGACGCUCACGACGGAGGCCAAAGCCGCGGAAGAGAAGCUUGAGGAGAAGCUGAAGCGCGCGUCCGACGACGCGAAACGCGCGGAGGAGACGCUUCGAACGGAGGCCAAGGCGCGGAGAGAGGCGGAGAUCGCGCUCAGGGCGCGCGAGCUCGACGUCGACGACGCGAAGCGCGCGGUGGAGAGCAGCGCGUUCGAGGCCCAGCGACGCCGCGAGACGGACGCGCGGCGCGAGGAGAAGCUCAAGCUGGAGGUGGAUGAGCUCCGCGAGCAGGCGGACGCGCUUCGCGGCAAGCUCCGCGACGCCGACGGCGAGGCGAGAGACGCGAGCGUCGGCGCGCGAACCGAGGCUGAGCGCGCGAACGCCGCGGAGGCGGAGAUUGCCGCGACGCGCGCGAGCCUCGAGCGCGCGCGAUCAGACGCGACGGAGGCGAGGUCCGUCGCGAACGCCAAGACGCGCGAGAUGGAGGCGCUCGCGACGGAGGUGACGCGCCUCGAGCGCGACCUGUCGAAACUCGCGGCGGAGCACGAGCGGAACGUGAUCGAGACAUUGGACGUCGUCGCGGAGCGCGACGCGAUGAUUCGCGACUGGGACGCGGACGCGGAGAACCGACGUGACUUGCAGCGAAGACGGACACAGCUCGCGGAGAAGUUGGUCGAGAUGGAGACCGUGGACGAGGCGCACCGCGAGCGGAAGCUCGCGAAGAUUAUCCUGCGUUUUACGGGCGCGAGGCAGCUCCGAGCGUUGAACCAAUGGCGCGGCGUCGCGCGUCGCGAGCGUCGGCUCCGAUGGCAGGUCUCGCGCGUCUUGGGGAAGAUGCGACACCGGCGGCUCGCGGCGGCGUGCGCGAUGUGGAGGGAGCUCGCCGAGGUGGCGAUCGCGGCGAGAGACGCGGCGGCGCGAGAGGAGGCGCGGCUGGAACGCGUCUCGCGCCGCGCGAUUCAAAAGAUGCGCUCGCGGACGGCGACGACGGCGUUUUCGCGCUGGAGGCUCGAGGCGAGGGAACGCCACAGGGCGCGAGGGCAGAUGAAGAAGUUCAUAUGGCGGUGGCACCGCGCGAAGAAGCGCGCGGCGUUUAACAAGUGGGCGACGAUCGCGAGCGCGUCCAAACGGGACGCGUUGAAUGCGUUUAUUCACCAAAAGGACGAGGAGCUCGUCGAGCACAAAAAGCUCACCGCGGAGGAAGUCAAGGCGACGAAACAGAAAGCCGCGGAGGCGCGCGAAAAAGCGCAAGCCGCGGAGAGAGAGCUCGCGGCGAAUCGCGCGGACUUGCAACGAAGACGCGCGCAGCUCGCGGAGACGAUGAAGAGCAUGGAGAAGAAGGACGAGACGCAUCGCGAGCGAAAGCUCGGGCGAAUCCUCCUUAGAUUCACCGCGUCCAAGGCGGUCAGGGCACUGAACAAGUGGCGAGGCGUGAGCCGCCGAGAAAAGCGGCUGCGGUGGCAGGUCACGCGGACGGUGGGUCGACUCCUGCACCGCGCGCUCGCGGAGGCGUUCGCGCGGUGGAGGGUCGAAACCCACGAGUCGACGCGCGCGAAGCUCGAGGCUGCGCGCGCGGAGGCCAAGCGAGAGAUGCUCGUGCGUCGGACGAUCGCGCGGAUGAAUUUACGCGCCGCGACGGCGGCGUUCGCGCGGUGGAAACACGAAGCGCGGUCGAACCACCGGAAUCGCGCGGAGAUGAAGAAGUUUGUGUGGAGGAUGACGCGCGCGAAGAAGGCGGCGGCGUUUCGGUCGUGGCGGUGGCGUCUCGCGGAGAAGCGGCGGAUGGCGCUUCUCCUCGCCAGAGCGCUCGGGAAGAUGUCCGGCCGCGUCGUGGACGGCGCCUUUAUGCGCUGGCGCGAGGUGUGCGCCGAGCGCGAGCGCGUCCGGCGCGUGAUGGCGAAGAUCGCGGGGAGACUCGCGCACGGCGCCGCCGCCGCCGCGUUCAACACGUGGCGCGACGUGACGUCGGAGCGCGAACGCGUCCGCGGCGCGCUGCGUAAAAUCACCGCGCGGCUUCAAAAUCUCGGGCUCGCGUCCGCGUUCGCCACGUGGCACGAGCGCGUCGCCGAGCGCGCUCGCAUGCGCGGCGCGAUGGCGAAGACUCUGGCGCGUUUCCGAGGGCGCGCGACCGCGGCGGCGUUCGAGACGUGGAAGGCGGCGACGUCGGACGAGCGGCGGUCGAGGGAGACGUUGCGACGCGCGGCGCAGAAAAUCGCCGGCCGCGCCGUCGCCGCCGCUUUCGCGACCUGGGUCGACGCGUGGGAAGAGACGCGACGGUUGAAGGGUGUCAUGAAGAACGUCGCGAGCCGGUUCGCGAAUCGCAGGCUCGCGACCGCGUUCGAGCGCUGGGCCGAGGUUGUCUUCGACGCGAUCGACGAGGAGGCGCGUCGGAUGGCGAUUCUCGGGAAAGCCGUCGCGAGGUGCUGGCGCGGGCUCGUCGUGGAGCUUCGCGACGAGCGCGAGCGCGAGAAGGAGGAGGCGCGUCGUCGAGAAGCGCUCUGUCGAAAAGUCGCGUCGAGGCUGCGAUGUCGCAAAGUCGCGCUCGCGUUCGAGAAGUGGUGGCAGGUUCUCGACGACGCCAAGCGCCACAAGGACGCGUCGGAGCGCGCGGCGUUCGAACGACGGCGCCGGGAUCUGGAGGAGGAGCUCAAGCGCGGCGUCGCGACGUCCUUCUCGCACGGACAGCUCACCGAGAGGGUGUCGCUGCUGAGUCGGGAGCUCGAGACGCUUCGCGCGCGCGCCGACGCCGCGGAGGCGGCGUCGCGGGAAAAGUCGCGGCAGCUCGCGAGCGUGCGCGCAAAGUCCACGAGAGACGCGGAGCGCGCGGUGGGGGCGGCGCAGGCCAAGGCGGACGCGGAGAGAACGUCGUGGGCGGAGACGGAGCGGACGCUGCGCGAGGAGCUCGCGCGUUUUAAAUUCGCCGCGGAGAGUUUGACGACGGCGAAGCGCGAGCUCGACGCGGCGCACGCGGUCGCGAGGGACGAGGCGAAGAAGGCGACCAGGGAGCUCAAGUGGGUGAAGGAGGAGUGGAGCAAGGACACGGAGAUGGCGCGCGCGACGCUCGCGGCGCAGGCGAACGCGAGGAAGGCGAAGGCGCGCGCGCGGAAAGAGUCAGAGAAGAAGCUUAGGGAGACGAUCGCGAGCGCGCGGUCGGAUCGCAAAGCGCUGCAGCUCGCGCUAGAGAAGCUCAACGACGAGAAAAAGUCGAUCGCGCUCGAGCUGGAGAAAAAAACGCUCGAUCUUCGAGCGUUUGAAGCGAAAACGAAAGAGCUCGAGGCGCAGAACAAGGCGAAGCAGACCGCGCACGACGAGAAGGAAGCCGCGGUGAAGAGGGCGUUUCAAGCCGCGGCGGAAAACUCCAAGCUCGCGAGCGAAGUCCGCGAGCUGCACAUGCAACUCCAAGCGAUCGACGCGAUGACGCCGGACAAGAACAAGAGCAAAACAUCUGCCGCGUCUCCGACGCCGAAGCAGCUCGGCGACGCCGCCGCCCCGGACGAGCGGUCGGUCGUCAUACGCCACCUGAGGGAGGAGCUCAACGCCGCCGCCGUCGCCGUCGACCGCGCCGUGUCGGAAAAAACCGCGCUCGCGAACAAAGUGUCGGAACUCACGAAAGAGCUCAACGACGUCACCAUCGAGGCGGAGGCGAUCGCGCACGGGACGACGACGAUGAAGCGAAGCUUCGAGGAGCGCGCGAAGAGCGCGCGCGAAGACCUCGAGAACGUCGCGGCGGUCGCGGCGAGCGAGCGCGAGCGCGCCGCCGCGCUCGACGCGACGUGCGCGGAGCUACGAGAACACGUCGCGACGACCGAGUCGGAGCGCGACGCCGCGGUGACCGCGCUCGCGGCGACGCGCGGCGACGUCGACGAUAAGACCGCGCUGUCGUCGAAGCUCGUGAAGGACUUGCGGGCGGCGACCGCGGAGCGAGGGAAGCUCGAACGUCGCGCGAGAGAGGCGGAGGCGGCGCGCGACGCGCUCGCCGAGGCGCACGCGGCGGCGACGGCGGAGCUCGACGCGCGCAGAGCGGAAGCGGAAGCGGCGAGGCCCGGGGUGAACCGCGCCGCGGAUGCGCGGACGAUGAUGCUGCGAUGGGCGCUCGCGUCGACGAAGACGAAGCUGUCGCACGCGAGAGAGAAGCUGUCGCACGCGACGGGAGAGCUGAAGCGCGCGAGGAAGGACGUCGUCGCCGCCAAGGCCAAGGCGGACAAAGCCGCGGCGAAAGAGGCGGAGCACAAGAUCGCGUGCGAGGGCGCGCGCGCGGAGCGCGACGCCGCGGAGGCGGACAUCGCGAGCGCGAACGCCGCGCUCGCCAAGUCGCAAGCGCGCGCGUCGGCGGCGUUCGCGACCGUCUCCAAGCUACGCGUGAAAGUGGCGAGCGCGGCGGAGAGCGUGGACGACGCCGCGCGCGCGCGAGACGUCGCCGUCGCCGCGCUGGGCGGGGGGAGCGGUGGGAGCGCGAGUGCUCGCGAUACUCGGUCGCGAUCCUCCGUCGCCGCUUCGACGGCGACGACGUCGCCGCGAGGCGUCGCGCCGUCCCCGCGCGCGGUUCUCGUCGACUACGCGACGUCCGCGGGGAUGACGAGGACGACUUCGACGGCGGCGGCGGGAGGGAUGGACGCCAAGAUCCUCCGCGCGAAGCUCGAGACCGCGCGCGCGGUCAACGACGCCCUGCUCGAUCGCGUCGUCGAGGUCGAGACGCACGCGCGGGAGUACCAGGCCGACGCGGUCGCGGCGGCGAUGGAAGGGAACGCCGCGCGACGCGCUGCGGCUGCGGCGGAGGCUGAGGGGAAAAUCGCGCGCGCGCACAUCGCCGCGCUCGUCGCCCGCGUCGCGGACGCGGAAGCCGCGAAAGCGAAAGCGGAGGAGGACGACCUCGACGCGUUCUUCGAGGUGGGCGACGCGUCGCUGAAGGUGGCGGUCGCGUACGCGCGGAGCGCCGCGGCGCGCGAUCUGUACAUGAAAGCCGCGGAGCUCGCCGACGACGACGCCGCCGCCGACGCCUCGAAGCCAGCCCUCCCCGCGCGCCGCCCGAGCGUCUCCCUCCCCAUCGCCGCGUCCGUGAUGGAGACCGCGGCGCUGCGCGCGGAGAUCAAGGCGCUGCGAGGCCUCCUCGCCGCGUCUCGCGCCGCGGCGAAGCGCGCCGCGGGGAGCGAACGCGCGGCUGAGAAAAAAGCCGGCGACGCGUUGCCCGCGCUGGAGAUCGCCAACGCCACCGCGGCGGCCGCGACGACGCGCGCGGAGACGCUCGGCGCGCGCGUCAUCGAGGUCGAGUCCCUGUGCGCCUCCGCGUCGGCCGCGCGCCUGGACGCCUGCGCGACCGCGGCGGCGCAGCAGCGCCGCGCCGAUGCGUCGGAAGCGGCGGCGAAGAAGCUCGAAGAUGCGAUUCGCGACGUCGACGGCGACGGCGUCGAGGACGACAUCGACGAGCUCCCGGCGCGGACGCUCCGCGCGAGGCUUCUCGUGUCUCGCGCGAUGCUCUCGCACGCCAAGGCGCACGCGAGCGAGCGCGCGGUUCGCGCGGAGACGGCGAAGCGGCGGGUGAAGGACGCGGAGGCGCGCGCGGCGGCGGCGUUUACGGCGGCGACGCGAACAAAGUUGGACCUCGAGGCGCGUUCUAUCUCACACUGGUCCCCAUACGACCGCGUUCGCGUGGUGAACGCCGAUCCUUAA